AUGAGCUACAACAACCGGCGAGGAGGCUUCGGCGGGCGCAGUCGCGGGCGCGGCAAUCGCGGAGGACGCGGUGGCUACGGCGGCGGCCGCGGGGGCUUCGGAGGCGGCUCGUCCCUGGGCUACGAGGUGUGCCGGCGCUUCAUGGACGGCGGCAAGUGCGAGUUCGAGCAGACGUCGGGCGGCCGGCCGUGCCGCUACCCGCACUUCGUCAAGACCAUCGGGGAGACGCGCGGCCACAACGGAGCCAUCAAGGACGUGGUUAUGUGGGCCGAGCGGCAGCAGCUCUUCACGUGCUCGGCGGACGCCAGCAUCAAGCUCUGGGACUGCGCCACCUGGCAGGAGAUCACCACCAUCAGCGUGCAGGACGCGCUGCCUCCGUCCGCCAAUGGCGGCGGCAACGGAGGAGGGGGCAGAGGCGGCAACAGAGACAAGACGCCGCACACGGAGGGCGUCGUGGCGCUGGUGCUCUGCGGCCCCUUCCUGUUCGCGGGCUUCGAAGGCCGCUUCCCGCCCAACCCCAAGGUGUCGCUCAUGCCCUUUGCGCACACGAUGAACGUGCAAGCGCUGGCGGUGGCCACCGACACGACGGGCAACGCCACGCUCUUCAGUGGCAGCGCGGACGGAUCGAUCCGCUAUUGGCAGAUGGACACGGCGACCAACCAGUUCAAGUGCCGCGGAGUGAUGGAGGGACACGUGCGCGGAGUUACAAGACUGAAGACGUUCGCCGUGGGCGGCGCGCCCAUCUUGGCGUCGGCCAGUGUGGACUCGACGAUUCGACUAUGGGACUUGGCGACGUACCAGUGCGUCAAGGUGCUCUCGGCCGAGGAGAAUGGACACACGGAUGCUGUCAUGGAUCUCGAGUUCUGGGUGAACAAUAACGAGACGUUCCUCAUUAGUGGCGGCCUGGACUGUGAGAUCAUUGUGUGGGGUCUUACCCCGCCCUUCCAGCAGCUCUUCAAGGAAACACAGGACUCGCAGGUUACUGCUCUCUGCGGGACGCAAGACGCCGCGCAAGCCCCGAUUCUUCUCAUUGGCAUGGCGGAUGGCACGAUUUCGGUGAAGGAGCUGCCGUCGUUCGCGUAUAAGACGACACUAGGCGCCAACAUGAACCAAGGUCACCAGGAUGCUGUGCGGCGCAUCACGAUUGGUCCCAGCAAUACGUUCUUCUCCACUGGUAACGACCGCAAGAUGAUUGCCUGGCAGAUCACGGGCGACGUCGCCUCCAUUCAGUCCAAGUAA